AUAUAUAUAUAUAUAUAUAUAUAUAUAUAUAUAUAUAUAUAUAUAUAUUAGCGUUCCAAGUAUAUAUAAUUGACCAAAAAUGAUAGAAUGCAACAAUAUAUCGAACAUGAAAUAUGAAAUGCAUUGGUAUGAAGACAUUUUUAUAAAAUAUGCUAUCAUGGUGCAUAUAAAGAGUUAACGAUGAGUCUUAAAAUAAUAUACUAUAAUGUAAUGACCAGUGGUAUUUUUUUGUAAUUAGUCUAGAAAUAUUCAUAAAAUGUUGACUCGGUUUCAAAAAUGUUACAUUAUAAUACGAUUUGGUAUUAUUUAAAAGAAUGUUCAUAAAAUGUUGCAUUAUAAAGUAUAUUAACAAACCGUAAACAAAAAUGUUGAAGAAUUAUCGAAACCUAAAAUUAAUUUGAUAGAUGUCGAAAUUUAUUUGUUACCUUUUUCAAUCGCGUUAAUAUGGUGCCUGUCAUAAAUUCCCGGUUUUUGUUUCAAAUCGGAUUGUAAUGCAUAUGUCACAAAACCGAUUGAGAUCUAAAUAAAUCAUAUUGUAUAAUGUAUAUGUCCAAUGGCAUUUGGUUGUAAUUAUUCUAGGUCAUAAAGGGUUAUUUUAAAAAGCUAGUGAGAGUGCCUUAGGUGAUGACACAUAGGAAAUGGCACUCAUGUAAUAAACACAUGAGGUCAAGGUUUAUUUCUAUGAAUGUUUCUCCUUUAAUAAGAAAGAGAUUUGUUUACUGCAUGACGCCGGUUAUGUUAGGAUCUUAAUUAAAUGUUCACUAUAAAAUAAGCUGAACGAGUUUGAUGGUAAAUUAAUUAAAAUUUUACUAUCAUAAGAAUUAGUAACUAGUAUUAAAUUUGAGCUAACUUUUUCAAACAUUUCAUCAAGUGAUCGUUACGACUUUAAGAGAGAAGUAGACGUAUUUUAUAUUGUAUAAAACAGUAAAUUAUUUCAUUUUAAGCUGAAAAAAGAGAGGGACAUACGUGGAAAAUGAGAUGUGAAAUGUUUUUUUUUUGAACUAAGCUUGAGAUGUGAAAUGUUGACGGUUCGUAUAAUAACAUCAUGACCAAAUGUUAAUUUAAAUUGCACCAGGCAAACGUUAGUGUUCAGCUAAUCACAUGGUAUAAACAUGUUUUAAUUUCCAAUAAAGAGUUUCCUGUAAAUUCACUUUUAACUCAAUUCUGUAAAUAAUAUUCUCUGUUUAAACUGAAAACUUACGGCCCGGUAAUGAUUAACUUGAAGGCAAAAGUUUAAUACGGUGAAGUCAUCAGGGUUUAAAUCCCGGUUAUUGGGAAACUAACAUUUUAACAUCGUCAGGAACAGAUACCCACAUGUAGUAACACAUGACUAGUCUGGACACUUCCGUGGGAUCAGAAUAUUCUGUAUAAUUAAAAAAGAAAACGUACGGGUCAAUUGUAUAUGUAUAUUGUGUAUGUAAAUACAUGUACGAAUUUGUGGUAUACAAGGAAGAAAUCGAAGUGGAUUUGGCUACAAUCAUUUAGUUAUCAUAUAACAUCAUUUAGAUUCUAAUUAUUAUGUAUGAUUGGUUUAAUGAUGUUAACCAAGUUUUGGUUAUUUUAUAUAAACAUCUAUCCACUAAUCAAAGUCAGUGAAAAUAAAGUAUCAUGCAAUGAAUCUACUUAGAUGACAUAGUGGUUGAUUUCGUGAAAUCGAUGAAUUGAUUGAUCAGUUAUUUACAUACAUGUAGUAGAAUAAUGAAGUACAAAAAAUCACAGAUAAAAUGUGUACCGUUCUAUUUUAUUUUCCAGCCACCAAGUCAUGCUCAGUCAAUCCUGUCUUGGGGGAAUUUUAAAUUUUACAUGUGGUGGUUUCUGUUGGGCUUAUUAUAUUACUUUUUAGAUAUGGGCUGCUUUGUACUCUGAGUUUGGCUCAUAUAGAUGGGUUUGCCGCAAUAUAGAUGUGAAUCGGUUAUAGUAAUUACUAUAUAUAUAAUAUAUUCGAAAGAAACUCUAAUAAAGCUAAUAGCUCGGUUGGUUACGUUCUCUUCUGCCGCUAUCCAUCUCGUCUCAGGUUCAAACCUUCCACGGUGCAUAAUUUUUUGCACUAAACUCUGCAAACUUGUUCCGUCACAGCUCGCCGGUAAUCCUAAUUCCUCUUCCUUUCUUACGCAUCUCCGCGUCUCUUAGUUAGUGAUCCGAUAAAGUUUGAAUCUUUUUCUCGAGCUCAUGAGAUUCUUGUGAUCCACGUUUUAGGGUUUGGUUGAAAUCUUGUUUCUUGACUUUGCAUUGUUGCUAGCAAGAACGAAAGAGAUGGACUUUGAGGACGAAGACAAACCAAAAUAUGUCUCUAAGACCCGCAGGUUUGCACCUGGUCGUGCCCGAAAGUCCAAACCUGAACCAACUCCAGUACAUUCCUCAGAAACUGAUGCUCCUUCCGAGUCUGUCAGCAAGAAGAAGACGUUGAUGGAGGAAGAAGAAGAAGAAGACGUUGUUGUUCGUGAAAUUGACGUGUUCUACAAUCCAUCUAUUGGUGCCAACACUGAGCUUUAUGUUCUACAAUACCCUCUAAGACCGUCUUGGCGUGCAUAUGAAAUGGAUGAACGUUGCCAAGAAGUUAGAGUGAACCCUUCUACCUCCGAGGUGGAACUUGAUUUGUCUAUGGAUGUUAAUUCCACUAACUAUGACUCAAAGUCUGCAAGUGAAUUACAUAUGACUAAGCAGACCUUGACAACAGCAUGGAAACCGCCUCCUACAUUGGACUAUGCUGUUGGGGUUCUUUCAGGUGAUACGUUACACUUGAAUCCUGUUCAUGCUGUUCCUCAGCUCCGACCGUCUAUGAAGUAUCUUUCAUCCAAAAGAAUACAAGCAGAAGCUCCUGAAGAAUCUGCCAGAGCAUCAAAAAAGCAGAACAAGGGAGUAUCCAAGGAUCAGAAACCAGUACCUGAAGAAAAUUGGGUUUCACUCAAGUAUCAUGGACUUGGAUCAGAAUUUCACUCUAGAUACCUUACCAAAAUGAUGGCCAGUGAGAACUCUAUAAUAAACUUCAACAUGAGCCGGAACGCUUAUAUCAACUCAUUGUGCCGUGGGGAAAGCAGCAGAAACUCCAGAAGGUGAUGCAACUCUUCAGGAUGGGUUUGUUUUGAAUAGAUGCUGAGAGAUUCAUUUUUUGUUACCCAUCAGGACUGUUAUGAUUCAGUAACAUUUUGAGACAACUCUAGUGAACUUGCAUUGUCCUACUUUUAGAAAGAGAAAUUAAAACAAUUGGACUACUCAGUCCAAA